AUGCCUCAGAGUGCAUUUGCCGGAUUACGUCCCCUGGAGUGGUAUUUGGCAAUAGAGUUGACCAACAGAAACAGUAAUUUGACAAAGCUAAUCGCUACACUAGACGGGACUACUUAUAUAUGCGACGGAAAAGCCGAGGAAAACUUAUUAAAUUUCCGUUUUUAUGUUCCGUUUUCAGACAUUAUUCAUGGCAAACUGUUCCAGAACACACGCAUUCUUGAGGUGGAGUACGCCCAGGGUCGGGACAUACCACCCGGCAACACUGGCAAGAUUGUCGAGAUUCUCCAGGCCUGGUUCAACUCCUGCGACGGCGUCUCCAGCUGCAUUGAAAACCAGAUUAAGUACGCCAAUUCCGAGAAAUCCAAGCGACUGUUCAACAAGGAUCGUGUAGAGCAAGAUCUGAUUAAUUUGAAGAAAAUGCUGAAGAGUCAGGCCUCGGACAGUGAUGAGAACAUGCAGAUCGACACCCAUGGACCCAGCGGCAGCGGCGGCUUGAGUUUGGCGGACCUUCGCAAGAAGCCCUCCAAGAUGAAGGCCCAGCGAAAUACUGGAGUUGGUCUGAAGUUCAGCAUGUGAGUGCAGGCCAGCCGAGGGGGUGUUUGUGUGGACUCGGAGCUAAGCCUUGGGGGCAGCACCAGCUCAAGGUCGGAUGCAACGCCGCGCAGCACUUGAGAACCGGAUACCACUCGGCAAGCAGCAGGACGAAACCAAAACCAAAACAGAACUCAUUUCGAUUCACAUAACAGUGGGCUGUCCGCGGUCUGGAAACCAUCAUUAACAUCAAACGUACCAAUAAAAUAUA